GGCUGUCACUGCAUUCUUUCGCUGUUACGCAAGUGGCGCGUUUGUUUAUAACCUGUUUGCGGAUCCAGAACUUGUUGUCACGGCUCACCGCAUUUUAAAAUAUACGCGCUCAGUUCGCGCCGUGACCUGUGUUUGGCAAGAUGCUGGAACCCAGCAAAAACCGCGCUCAAGGAGAGAAAAGGAGGGGAAGGAGCGGUCUGGAGAAAGGUUUGAUCGGUGCUGUUGUUUUGGUGUCCGUUCUCGCUGUGGUGUUCUUGGUGCUCUAUUUCACCAAAAACUGUUCGCCAUCCGAGGAGGUAUGCGUGGAAAAGAAAUGCGUCAAGGCCUCAGCCCAACUCCUAGACUUCGUCGAUCUCAAAGUCGAUCCCUGCAAAGACUUCUACCACUACGUGUGCGGCCAUUACAUAAAGGACGCCGUGAAGAACGACGCCACCACGCCCAUCAAGGAGAUCAUGAAGCUGGUGGAGAAUGAGCAGAAGGCCAUCAUCGUGGACCCCGUGAGGAAGAAGGACUCCAAGGCCAACGUGGCCAUGAAGAUGUUCUACCAGGCGUGCAUGAAUGAGAGCAGGAUCGAAUCUGAUAAGGACGCCAACUUCUUGGAGGCUAUCAACGAGCUGGGAGGGUGGCAUUUGCUCAAUGCUACUGGUUGGGAUUCCUCUUCUUUUAAUUGGUUGGAUUGGCAAGUUAAGGCUGUACAGAUGGGGGUUCCUGUUAUUGGGUUCUUUGAUUUAAAGCCUGAAGAGACUUCUGAGAACACUACCGUUUUGAGGAUCUCAGCUUCUAUUCUCAAUGAUCUUAAAAUGACUAGAAUGGAGUUCAUGGGCAUCAUGUCACAAAUAGCUGCUGCUUUUGACGCACCAAGCAGUGCUUCAGAUGAUAUCAAAACAAUAUACCAGUUCUUCAAGGAUUUGAAAGAGUUGGCAAUUGAUUAUGAAGACAGUGGAAAUGGAGAAGAUGAAGUUUCAACAGUAAAAGACUUGAUACAGGAAUGUCCUCAAAUUCCAUGGUUAAAACUCUUGAAUGGGCUUUCAAAGGGAGUCAGAGAGUUUAAAACUGAUACUGAAGUUAUCUUCGGAUCUCUCAGCGAGUAUUGUAAAAAACUUAUCAAGUUGCUGAAUAACACACCAAAAUGGGUAAUUUCUGAUUAUUAUGUGUGGUCCAUUAUUCAUAAAUCACGUGAUUUCUUGAGAGAAGACGUGAGAGAUGCCUACAAAGGUGAUGAAACCCAGGAUAGGUUCAAGAAAUGCUUCCAAUUGACCGAUGAAAGCUUCAAGUAUUUGAAAGAAACAAUAUACAUACGGAAAAAAACAAAUCCAUAUGUAAGAGAACAACUGGAAGAAUUGGUCGAUAUAAUGAAGGAAGUGUUUAUUGAGCACAUCAAAGCAUCUACUUGGAUGGACGAAGAAACCAAAAAGAGGGGUGCUGAAAAGGCUCAGCUCAUAGAAAAAGUUGUGGGUGCUGAUGAAGUUCUUUAUGAUGUCGACAAGUUUGAUAAACUGCUUGGUGUUGACGGGAUUGAAUACUCGUCAGACGUACCUUAUCAAAUCUUCAGAGAAAAAAGAAUAAGGGAGAAUAAACACAUCUGGGAAAAAGUAAACGAGAAACCACCAGAAAACUGGGAUGUAUUCUUCCACUCAGUGAAUCAGGUCAACGCUUUCUUUGCAACCCCUCUGAACGUCAUGAUUAUACCUGCACCUAUCUUGAAUUCGGUCUUCUUCAACUACAAGUUCCCAGCUUUCAUGAACUACGGAUCCAUAGGGAGAGUUAUAGGCCAUGAGCUCCAGCAUGGUUUUGGAGAAGCUGGUAGACAGGUUCUCUUAAAGAACAACGAGCAAGUAGAUUGGUGGACCAACGCUACAGUUGAUGCGUUCAACAAAACGAAGAAAUGCGCAAUCGAUGAAUAUGAGCAGAUUCCUUUCACAUAUAAGUUAAACGGUACUCUCACCCUUGAGGAGAAUUUGGCUGACCUGGUUGGGAUAGACGUGGCCUAUGAGGCAUAUGGUAGGUGGUUGGAGAAGUAUGGAGAAGAGAAGUCACUUCCUGGAAUACCACUGACUCCCAAGCAGAUAUUCUGGAUACAAACCGGCACCUUCUUGUGCUUCAGGAAACUAGACGAUGACGCAACAGAUAUGAAUGCAGAAGACGUCCACGCUAUUCCUUUGUUUAGGGUAACUGCGGGCGCAAGAAACUCCAAGUAUUUCGCCAAGGACUUCAAUUGUCCUGAGGGUUCCUUCAUGAACCCCAAGCAAAAAUGCAGAAUUCUUUGAAUUCGCUCUAUGUACGUUAUUUAUUUAGUGAUUCAGUGAAUCUUUGAAAUCACAUGAUCGAUGUAUUAAUUUUAUGAAUAUAUGCCAUAGUUCUUAUCAGAAAAGAUUUCUUCUGAGCGUUUCAGAUGAAUUCGACAACUCAUUAUUUUUUUAAUGAAGGACAUAAGACAGCUAAUGUAGAUCAAAUCAUUGUAAAUAAGAAUUCAUUACUUUGAAAUUGUUUGACUAUAGAAUAUUUUUGUAGAUUCUCUGUUAUUCAGCGUCAAUUAAAGAACUGCAGAAGUGCCUCGUA